AUAAUGCCCACCCCUCCAGUCACCUCCCGCAAACGCAAACGCGCACAUCAGUACACAGUCAGCUAUAGUGAAGUACAAGAAGUGGAUCCUGAAGGCAGAGUCCGCGAAGUCAUCGUUAUAGAUGACACUCCACCUCCUCCAUCAACGCUAUCGCCCGCAACGUCCCACCACAAUGGUUACUCGGCCUCCUACCAGCCUCCUAUAUACUCCGCUCCCGUGCGCACGAGGGCCAGGGCAGCUGCCGAGGCUCAGGCGCUUUCUGCGAGCACAUCCUCUGCUGUCAUGCCCGCCCCUCCAAUCAAGAAGAGAAAGCGGGAGCCCGCCGACGAGUCCCGGCUUCUUCCCAAAAAGCCAGUAAUACCUCAUCAACAGCCUCCCCAGCAAGCACUCACUUCAACAAAGUCUUGGGCUAGCGGCAGCGGGGCUGCCACUGCAGGCGCUUCGACUGGCCCUGUUUCUUGUGAUGACAAGGAAGGUCAUUAUCUUAUACACCCCGAUGAUAUGAUUCAUCACAGAUAUCGUGUUGUGCGCUUGCUUGGCCAGGGGACUUUUGGUAAGGUUGUGGAGGCCGUCGACACGCACACCAGCAACAAAGUUGCCAUCAAGAUUAUACGCGCGAUACCCAAGUAUCGCGAUGCAAGCAAGAUAGAAAUUCGCGUCCUGCAGCGACUCAAAGAAAGGGACCCUCUCAAUCAACACAAAUGCAUACAUCUACUACAAUCUUUCGACCAUCGCAACCACGUAUGCUUGGUAUCGGAGCUCCUAGGAAUGUGCUUGUACGACUUCUUGAAAGAGAACGACUUCGCCCCAUUUCCUCGCCACCACAUACAGUCUUUCGCAAGACAGCUCCUCGGAAGUGUAGCUUUCUUACAUGAUUUGCAUUUGAUCCACACGGAUUUGAAGCCAGAGAAUAUUCUACUGGUUCGUAACGAUUUCAGGGAAAUUGCAGUGCCCGUGCCUGGGAAGAAGAAUGCGCCUCCGCGGACUAAGCGGAUACUAAACUCAACCGACAUCCGGCUCAUCGACUUCGGCUCAGCUACUUUUGAGGAAGAAUAUCAUUCGAGUGUAGUAGCCACUCGUCACUACCGAGCGCCGGAAAUCAUUCUCGGUUUGGGUUGGUCGUAUCCUUGUGAUGCAUAUUCACUAGGCUGCAUUCUAGUCGAAUUUUACACUGGUGUCGCCCUCUAUCAGACACACGACAACCUUGAGCACCUGGCAAUGAUGGAGGCUGUCAUGGGCAAGAUGCCAGAACAUUUUGCCCGCCGUGGCGCACGCUCAAAGCCCGAAUUCUUCAAAGAAGGGUCUAAACUUGACUGGCCAAAGCCGAAGGCAUCGCGGCAAAGCAAGAAGGAUGUUAAAGCCACGAGGAUGCUUCAGGAUGUAAUACCACCGACUGACAUCAUGAACCAGCAUUUCCUGGACCUUGUUCGGAGGCUUCUCGCGUUUGACCCCAACCAACGACUUACUGUGCGGGAAGCCCUUCAUCACCCCUAUUUCUCCCUAGCCAUUUCCGAGGAAGCAUGAUAUCCGACUUUCUCUAUCUGUCGUAUAUCACCUCACUGCUCAAGCUGGAUGCUUGCCUGGUCCUGCAGCUGUCGUUCUGCGCGAUCUACGUACUCUUGCCGAACACUCGACCAUCGUGUCCCGACUUUCCAAACCGGAUUGAAUUAUUAUUAUGGUCCUGUAUCAAACAUAUCCACUCAUUUGCCUUCCUUGUUUCUCUUCUUAUUGUCAGUUUCGCGCACUUCCGGCUACUUGACGAUCACUCUCUAACUCUAACCCAAGUGCAAUAAUUAGUCGCCAUCAUCUUCCCUCAAGCAUUAUCAUAUGUCGUUUCAUGCACGUCUUGUACCAUGCUAUUAUGGCUCUCCGCGCGCAACAGGUCCGCCGGCGCCUAUGUUGUAUUCCCA